UUGUCAAUGUUUACACGAAAGUUACAAAAUGGCCUGAAAUAUGUUUUCUUUUUGGUCAAUGGAGGACGACGAAAACAGCAAUAAUAGCAACGAAAGUGACGGAGAGAGAGACAAAUCUGGGAAACCAGAGCGAUUUCGGUAUGUUAGCACAAACAAUGAGCGCACAAGUCAAUUAUCUGACAAUGUUUUUCAAAACAAACGCAACGUAAAAGCGUUUAAAGAGAAACGGAAGCAAAUGGAUGACAUGUUGAAAGACGUGUGGAGCGUAAGGAAGGAUGUACGAGUUAAUAAUGCCGUGAAGGCCUCUGAUGUUGGACAGAAAUCAUAUUAUUCAAGACACGGCAGAGUUUCAGGCCUGCCUACAGAGACAAGCCAUCUUCAAGAUACUGCAAGAGGUAAUCAUUCAACUAAAACAUGGAGUGUUCCUCGGCAAGGAUAUUCAUACUCUGAAAAUGCUGAUCUUAAUCAAAUUGACAUUCUCGGUGAAAAUAACACACAUGAUCUACUGGAGAAUAGCAAUGAUAGUCCCUUGAGGAAUCACCAUCCAGAUGUCCAUCGACAGAAUAUUGUUAACUCUUUAAAACAUGGAACUGCAGGCCCCAAUGUUACAAAUCGAGAGCUUUCUGCAAGAACAAAAAGAGCACAGAAAUUUAACAAUGCCUACCUCCGUUCAACUGGUAUGGGACAGUACACCCCACAUGUGACUAAAUCAUCAGAUCACUAUAGCAACAAUAGUAAAGACUGGAACAGUUGACACCAAUUUUUGGGGUGAUCAACAAUAGCUGGUUUAGCAAAUAAUGAGAUGAGUUGAGCGGCUGCUACAAAAGAUGGGUACAUUAUCCUAGCUACUACAACACAAUUGAAAUAUGUUGUUUCCUGCAAGGCAUUCGCCUGGUUUGUACCACCUCAAAAUAUCAAGGAUUAUAUUUUUUAUAAUCUAGAACAAGUUUUAAACUGAAUAUUUUAAACAAUUGAAUAUCUCAAUGUAUAUAUUCAAAUUCUUCCUGUCUCAAUAACAUGCUAUACAGUGUUUCAAUAUAUAAUUGAAUUCAAUAUAUAGUUGAUAUAUCUAUUUUUCUGACGUCACGCAAAUUAGACGUCUAUGACGUCAUCAACUGUACUUAAUGUAUAUAUUUUGCUGUAUAAUAGUUUUAGACAAACGCUAAUACAUACGAGUUAAAACGAGUUUGUUCUUUAUGUUAGCCUUGAUGGCUGCAUUAUGAGUAUAUGCGAGUGUAGUUGUUUCAACCUCGUCAAACAAUAGUUUAAAUCUGCCCACGCAAGUUGCUUAAGAGUCUUAGAAAAACGGAAACAGACACAGAGAGAUGUGGUCGCGAGCAUGAUUUGUGGACAAUCGACGUUGUAUCUUAAUUCAAAUUGUGAAAAUAAAGUUGUGUCGUCAGAUUUCCAUCCUUGCGGCUGGGAGCCGUCUAUAUUGCCACAUAUAAUUUUGUCUUAUCACAAUUUCAUCUUUAAUUACCUGUGAAGAAUGCCGUGCUUUAAUCGUGACUGUAUCACACAACAGCCCUCCCCCUAAAAUUGGAAUGGAUCUAUAUUCAACAUGAAAUUACCUUUGAAAUUACCAAAGA